AUGAGUUUUGCUAUCGAGGUUCCUGGCGAAGCUAUCCCGCUCAGCCUGAACGAGCUUGGGCGCGCCUUGCAAGCUGCCACUUCUUCCUCGGACCAUGCUCAGAGACAGUCUGCUGGCCAGCAGCUCACUGCUUGGGAAUCACACAAGGACUUCUAUCCUUCACUGCAGACCGCCUUUCUCGACAAAUCCUUGCCCCAUGAAAUCCGAUUUCUUGCCAUCAUCCUCCUCAAGAAUGGCAUAGAAAAAUACUGGAGACUCACAGCCCCCAAAAACUCCAUCAAGCCUCCCGAGAAGCACCUCAUUCGUUCCCGGCUAUUUCAAGGAUCUGUUGAUGAGGAAGACCGGGCAUUUGCUCUUCACAAUGCACUGGUCAUUGCCAAGGUAGUCCGCAUCGACUAUCCCAACGACUGGCCCGAUGCCCUCCAAACCUUGAUCGACCUUGUUAGAUCUACGAGAGGGGGAAACCAAAUGCAGCUUCAUGGUGCUUUGGUCAUAAUCCACCGCGUCGUAAAGGAGCUUAGUACGGCUCGACUACGAAGAUCCCAGACAGCCCUCCAGAGUGCCACUCCAGGAUUCGUCCAACUUCUUGGAGAGAUUUACACGGAAAAGGCGGCAUAUUGGCUGGAGUUUCUGACAAAAGGCCGCGGAGACGAAGACGACGCUGAUCUGGCCAUGCAGAACAGCUUGAUAUGCCUGAAGAUACUACGCCCCCUACUUAUGGUCGGCUACGAGUACCCCCACCAGGAUCCCACCGUGCAGCAGUUCUGGUCACUCUCUCAGUCCCAAUUUGGACAGUUUCUCGGCUACGUCAGCCAUGACUCCCCAAUCCCUGCCCCAUAUCAAGAUGUUGUUGGCAAGCACCUUCUCCAGUUUGCCAAGCUGCAUCUCCAGAUGUGCGAGACACAUGCCGCCAGCUUCUCCGUCCUCCCAGACUCUAUCCCUCUGGUAAGAGCGUACUGGGAUCUCGUUGCGAACUUCGCAGAAGUGUUUGAGAAAUCAGGAGGCAUCAAACAGACCGCAGGCGAAGGCCACGGAGCCAAGUCCAAGCUAGAGGGGCCGCUCCUCGAGAGGCUAGCUCUUCGAGGCCUCUUGCUACUUAAAUGCUGUAUCGCAAUUGUCUUCCAACCGACCCAGACCUUUAAGUACAGGAGUGUUGAGGUCAAACAGCAGGAGACCGAGGCAAUAAACCGAGUGAAAACCGAGCUGCUAACAAAUGACUUUGUACUUCAAGUCGUCAACGUCAUCAUAACUCGGCUCUUCAUUUUCCGGCAGUCAGACCUCGACGCCUGGGAAGAGGAUCCCGAAGAGUGGGAGGCGCAGGAGCGUGACCAAGGGCAGGCCUGGGAGUGGGAAGUACGCCCCUGCGCAGAGCGUGUCUUGAUGCAUCUUCUCAUCCACUACAAAGAUCUGCUAAGCCAACCUCUCCUCGCCUACUUCGAAGCUACUACCAACGAGGAUUCCAGCAUUGUGACUAAGGAGGCUGUGUAUACGGCUAUGGGCUGUGCUGCUGCUACCAUUCAUGAGCUCUUCGAUUUCAAUGCCUUCCUUGCUUCGACCCUGGUCCGCGAUGCCCAGGUUCAGGAUCCACUGGCCAAACUGCUCCGCCGCAGGAUUGCCAUCUUGAUCAGCCAGUGGGUAACCAUCAAGAUUUCCUCGGCCAAUCGUCCGCUGGUCUAUGAGAUAUUCCGGCACCUUAUGGAUCCGAACGACAAGAUCAAUGAUCAAGUCGUUAGGAUUACAGCGGCCAGACAACUCAAACUGGUGGCUGACGACUUCGUGUUCGAUGGCGCCGCCUUCCUCCCUUUCGCCGCGGACACAUUCACCCGCUUGAUCAACAUCCUCGGGGAGGUCUCUCUCGAUGAGACACGGCUAGCUAUUUUGGAGACCAUCCGCGUCAUCGUUACUAGGAUGGAAACCAGCAUUUCCCAGUUUGGGGACGCGAUAAUGGCGCUGCUGCCCCGGCUUUGGGAUUCCGCUGGCAACGAAGAAUACAUGAUCAAACAGUCAGUCCUCGCCCUCGCGUCUGCUCUUGUGAUGGCGAUGAGAGGCGACUCCCAGAGAUAUCAAAGCUUCAUGGUGCCCCUAUUGGCGGAAGCCAUGAAUCCCGAGUCUGCCCUCCACCUUCAUCUUAUUGAAGAGUCGGUUGAGCUCUGGAAAUCCAUUUUGAAUCAGAGCUCGCCACCCCUCUCCGAGGACCUGAUGAAAUUGGUGCAAUUGGCUCUUCCUCUUCUCGAAUAUGAUUCAGAAGUGACGGAGGGAUGCAUGGGAGUUGUUAAGAACUACAUUAUUCUUGCCCCAGAGGCAAUCCUAAGGGAUGAUCUCCGUCGCCCGACCCUGGCAGCCGUGAUAAAGGGCCUGGAUUCGAGAAGCCGCAGCAGAAUUGGCCUUGGCACGGAGUCGAUUGAGCUGAUCAUCCGGAUGGGCGAGUUCAUUGGAGGGACGCAGGGAGUGUCGGUGGUGGUCCAGGACCUCCUCGAAUUGGGUUUCCUGCGGAAAGUCAUUGAAGGACUGCACGGGGCGUGGGAGGACCAGCAGAGCGUGGGACCCAAGAAGAGGGCGACGAGCCAGAUCAGCAACAUUCUGGAAAAGGAAUACUUCACUCUGCUGGCACGCAUAGCGUUGGCUGACCCCACCGUAUUUGUCAACAUGCUAGCAAGUUUUGGCCCUGGCAAUGCUGUCCAGCCGGUCUGGGAGUGGCUGGGCUCGGCGUGGUUCUCCAACUUUGAUGGCAUGGCCGACAUCGACCGGCAGAAGCUUUCUUGUCUCGCACUGACUCGCCUCUGCGAACUACCGCAGCCCAUGCAAGAUCUCGUCCUCGGCAAGCUCCAGGACUACCUCUCCAUGUGGACCAGCGUGGUGAUGUCGAUGCAGGCAGGAACCGAGAGCGGUGCGGGCGACACACUAAUUUGGGACGGAAUACAAAGGUACGAUUACGAUACCCCCGUCGAUAUACUUGACCGCGAGUUCGCAGCCAAGGACCCCAUCCAUACGGUGCACACGUUCGACUUUGUGAGGGCGAGACUGCAGGACUUGGUACGGAGAGUCGGUGGCGAACAAGAGUUCCAGGCGCGCUGGGCGGUCAAUGUGGACAAGGAGGUGCUGGUAGGGUUUCAGGGCUUGAGCGAGCCGCGGCCAGCUGAGGAUUGA